UCCACUUGCGCCAGACUUAAGGAAGCAUGGCUGGAAUUGUGACAAACGGAUCUGUACCAAAACAUGCUUCUUUAUCAACUUUACAGUCUUUGAAUGGACUUUUUGCCAUUUAUAAAAAGGAAGGACCAACGUCUGCAGAUGUGUUGAACUCAUUAAAAGAAGCACUCCUCAAAGAGGCAGGUGUUAAAAACCCUAAUCCCCGCAAGAGGAAGAAACAAGAUCUGAAAAUAGGCCAUGGAGGUACUCUGGACAGCGCUGCCUCGGGUGUUCUCGUCGUUGGGAUAGGGAACGGUACGAAGAUGCUCAGUACAAUGUUGGCUGGCUCUAAGAAAUACAGAGCGGUCGGUGAGUUGGGGAAAGCCACAGACACCCUGGAUGCCACCGGCAGUGUGGUUCACCAGGAGAAAUAUGAUCACAUCACCCAGGAGCUGCUGCAGGACAAGCUGAAGAUCUUCACUGGUGACAUCAUGCAGGUCCCACCUCUCUCUGGUCAGGCAGAAGAUAUGGACGGAUCCCUGACCUCUGACCUCUGGGGUUCUUCCAGUUACUCUGCGCUGAAGAAGGAUGGCAAGCGUCUGUCUGUCCUGCUGAAGCAGGGCCACGAGGUGGAGGCCAAGCCCGCCCGGCCCGUCACCGUCCACAACAUCUCCCUGCUGGACUUUCAGCCGCCUGUCUUCACCCUGGAUAUCGAGUCUGGGGGUGGAUUCUACGUGAGAAGCUUGGUGGACGAUCUUGGAAAAGCACUGGCGUCUUGCGCCCAUGUCAAGGAGCUGGUCCGGACCAAGCAGGGCCAGUUCACCCUGGACCUCUGUCUGAGGGAGGAGCAGUGGACCCUGCAGCACCUCCUCCAAUCACUGCAGCCCUGCCCGGGGUCAGGGGUCAACGGAGAGACUGUGAACCUGUCCACUCCCGUUCCUAUCCUGGGGGUGGAGGCGGGCCCAGAUCAGAGAGGGGAUCUGUAGUUCUGCUGCAGUCCUUGAUGUGCUGUGUAACUUGCGGUCAGAGCCGGGUUACAGAGUAGCUGUGUCCAGGGUGGGAGCAGAGUUGGUGAGGAAAGGAGGGUUAGGGAGGAGAGAAGGGUGAGACUAGGGUGAGGGAA